AUUUAACCUAAAAAUCCUCCCCGCUUUCCGCCCCAUAUAUUCCCAUUUCCUAUCCCUGUACUUUCCCCAACCUUGUUCCCAAAACAAAACACAGACAACACACUAAAAUCAACACCCAAAAUGCGUGAAAUCCUACACAUUCAGGGCGGCCAAUGCGGCAACCAGAUCGGAGCGAAGUUCUGGGAGGUGGUUUGCGCCGAGCAUGGCAUCGAUUCCACCGGACAGUACAUCGGGGACUCGGAUCUGCAGCUGGAGCGGGUCAAUGUGUACUACAACGAGGCUAGUUGCGGUCGAUUUGUCCCCCGGGCUGUUCUCAUGGAUCUUGAACCGGGUACCAUGGACAGCAUCCGGUCUGGCCCGGUUGGACAGAUCUUCCGGCCGGAUAACUUCGUAUUUGGACAGUCUGGUGCUGGGAAUAAUUGGGCCAAGGGGCAUUACACUGAGGGUGCUGAACUUAUUGAUUCGGUGCUUGAUGUGGUGAGGAAGGAGGCCGAGAACUGUGACUGCCUCCAAGGAUUUCAGGUUUGUCAUUCACUAGGGGGAGGCACUGGCUCAGGAAUGGGGACCUUGUUGAUAUCCAAGAUAAGGGAAGAAUACCCGGACCGAAUGAUGCUGACGUUCUCUGUGUUCCCGUCUCCUAAGGUGUCUGACACAGUGGUGGAGCCCUACAAUGCAACACUCUCAGUUCACCAGCUUGUUGAAAAUGCUGAUGAGUGUAUGGUUCUUGACAAUGAGGCACUCUAUGAUAUUUGCUUCCGCACUCUCAAACUCACAACGCCCAGUUUUGGAGACCUGAACCACUUAAUAUCUGCCACCAUGAGUGGUGUCACUUGCUGUCUUCGCUUCCCUGGACAGCUCAACUCAGACCUUCGGAAAUUGGCAGUCAAUCUUAUACCAUUCCCACGGCUUCACUUCUUUAUGGUUGGUUUUGCCCCACUCACAUCUCGUGGAUCACAGCAAUACCGUGCCCUUACCGUUCCCGAACUCACCCAACAAAUGUGGGAUGCUAAGAACAUGAUGUGUGCUGCUGAUCCUCGACAUGGCCGGUACCUCACCGCAUCGGCUGUUUUCCGUGGCAAGAUGAGCACGAAGGAAGUCGACGAGCAGAUGAUCAAUGUCCAGAAUAAAAAUUCAUCCUACUUUGUUGAGUGGAUUCCAAACAAUGUGAAAUCCACUGUUUGUGACAUCCCACCCACUGGCCUAAAGAUGGCUUCGACUUUCAUUGGUAACUCGACUUCAAUCCAAGAGAUGUUUCGGAGGGUCAGCGAGCAGUUCACUGCCAUGUUUAGGAGGAAAGCUUUCUUGCAUUGGUAUACCGGUGAAGGUAUGGAUGAGAUGGAGUUUACUGAAGCUGAGAGUAACAUGAAUGAUCUAGUUGCAGAAUACCAGCAGUAUCAAGAUGCAACUGCUGAUGAGGAAUACGAUGAAGAGGAGGAAUAUGAAGAGGACACGGCCUAGUCAAGCACUAAGAUGCAUCGUCGUUGUGUUUUGUUGCAUAUGAUCAUCAGUUUGAUGAGUACGUUUUGUUAUGUUUGUUAAUGUUUAUCGUUGCUUGUUACCAAAAUUUGCAUGUUUGACUUGUUUCGUAAAAGUGGUUUUCGUUGGAGUAUCAGUUGAAACUUUUCAUAUAUCAAUUUGAUCAAUUUAGUGGUACCUUGCACA